GUGAAGUGAGUGCUGUUGCAAAAAGGGACAGCGGAGGUUUCCGAGGGUGCAUUGCAACGGUGGCAACUCGAAAUCCCAUCUCCUUUUGAAAGGGGAGGGAUAUUUUCAAGGUGAACUCAAAAGUGUUUGCGUGUCUUAUUUAUAUUUUUCGUCCCUCCCUUUUUUUUUGCAUCUCCGUUCGGUUUUGGCGAGAGGACCAAGUGUGAGGACCCAGAGAGAGAGAGAGAGCCUUCGCAUGAUGACUGGGAGCUGUGGGCAGUGAAAUCCAGGGCAUUUUAUUUUUUUUAUCAACAGGUUCCCUGAGCGGGGAUGGGUUGGUUGCUAGCGCCGCUGUUCGCCCUGCUCCUGUGGGCUCGGGCUGCCGCCGCCGUGGUCAACCUGAAAUACUCGAUCGUGGAGGAGGAGAGAGCGGGCACGGUGAUCGGCAACAUCGCCAAGGACGCCGGCUUGUCCACCUGGGAGCAGACGGUGCCCCUGUUCCGCGUCCUCUCCAACUCGGCGCCUCACCUGGUGGAGAUCAACCCGCUGACCGGCUUGCUGGUGACCAAGCAGAAGAUCGACCGCGACCUGCUGUGCCGCCAGAGCGCCAAGUGCCUGAUCUCGCUGGAGGAGAUGGUCAACUCCAUGGAGAUCUACGUGAUCAAGGUGGAGAUCGUGGACCUGAACGACAACUCGCCGAGCUUCCCCGCCGAGCGGAUCGACCUGGAGAUCUCGGAGACGGCGAGCCCGGGCACCCGCAUCCCGCUGGAGAGCGCCUACGACCCGGACGCCGGCCAGUAUGGGGUGCAGAGCUACCGGCUCAGCCCGAGUGAGCUGUUCGCGCUGGAGAUCAAGAGCCGCGGGGACGGCUCGCGCUUCGCCGAGCUGGUGGUGGAGAAGCCGCUGGACCGCGAGCGCCAGUCCCGCUACAGCCUGCAGCUGAGCGCGGUGGACGGCGGCGAGCCGCCGCGGGUGGGCAGCACCCAGCUCAACAUCCGAGUGAUCGACUCGAACGACAACUACCCGCGCUUCGAGCGGGCCGCCUACACGGUCAGCGUGCUGGAGAACGCGCCGCUCGGCUCCCUGGUCACCGAGCUGAAGGCGUCCGACCCGGACGAGGGCAGCAACGGCCAGGUCGUCUACUCGUUCAACAGCUACGUGCCCGAGCGGACCCGCCAGCUCUUCGCGCUCGAGCCCCGCACCGGCGCGCUCACCGUCCGCGGCGACAUCGACUACGAGGAGGGCACCGUCUACGAGAUCGACGUCCAGGCGAAGGACCUGGGGCCGAACUCCAUCCCGGCUCACUGCAAGGUCACCGUGCACGUGGUGGACGUCAACGACAACGUGCCGGUGAUCAGCCUGUUCUCGGUCAACAGCGGCACGGUGGAGGUCAGCGAGGCCGCGCCGCCCGGCUACGUGAUCGGCCUGGUGCGGGUGUCCGACCGCGACUCCGGGCCCAACGGCCGCGUCCGCUGCCAGCUGCUGGGCGAGCCGCCGUUCCGCCUGCAGGAGUACGAGAGCUUCUACACGGUGCUGGUGGACGGCCGCCUGGACCGGGAGCGGCGGGACCUCUACAACCUGACGGUGCUGGCCAAGGACGGCGGCUCGCCCUCGCUGCAGUCCUCGCGCUCGUUCGGCGUCAGGGUGAGCGACGAGAACGACAACCCGCCGGUGUUCGCGCAGCCCGUCUACCAGGUGAUGGUGCAGGAGAACAACACGCCCGGCUCCCACCUGCUCUCGGUGUCCGCCCGCGACCCCGACCUCGGCUCCAACGGCACCGUCUCCUACCAGGUCGCCCCGUCCCAGGUCAAGGACAUGCCGGUCUUCACCUACGUCUCCAUCAACCCGACCUCGGGCGACGUCUACGCCCUGCGCUCCUUCAACCACGAGCAGACCCGCUCCUUCGAGUUCCAGGUGCUGGCCCGGGACGGCGGGGCGCCUCCGCUGCAGAGCAACGCCACGGUCCGCGUGCUGGUGCUCGACGUCAACGACAACGUGCCGCUCAUCUCGGCGCCGCCGCUGGUCAACGGCACCGCGGAGCUCUACAUCCCGCGCGGGGUGCCCGCCGGCUACCUGGUCACCGUGCUCAGGGCGGACGACUACGACGACGGCGACAACGGCCGCCUGAGCUACGAGAUCGCGGAGGGGGCGCGCGGGCACUUCCACGUGGGCGCGGCCAACGGCGAGAUCCGCACGAGCCGCCGCUUCGCCGACGGCGCCGACACCACCUACGAGCUGGUGGUGGUCGCCCAGGACCACGGCAAGCCCGCGCUCUCCUCCACCGCCCUGAUCGUGGUGUACCUGUCGCCCGCCCUGGACGCCCAGGAGUCCGGCGGCUCCCUCAACCUCUCGCUGAUCUUCAUCAUCGCCCUGGGCUCCAUCGCCGCCAUCCUCUUCGUCACCAUGAUCUUCGUGGCGGUCAAGUGCAAGCGGGACAACAAGGAGAUCAGGACCUACAACUGCAGGGUGGCCGAGUACUCCUACGGGCAGCAGAAGAAGCCCAAGAAGAAGGGCAAGAUCAGCAAGAACGACAUCCGCCUGGUGCCCAGGGACAUGGAGGAGACCGACAAGAUGAACGUGGUCAGCUGCUCCUCCCUCACCUCCUCCCUCAACUACUUCGACUACCACCAGCAGACUUUGCCCCUGGGGUGCCGCAGGUCGGAGGCCACCUUCCUGAACGUGGAGAACCAGAACUCGAGGAACGCCGCCGGCAACCACGUGUACCACACCUUCACCAGCACCCAGAGCUCCCAGCAACAGCCAGAUCUCAUCAUCAACGGCAUGCCACUGCCAGAGUCAGAAAACUACUCCAUCGAAUCAAGCUAUGUAAACAGCAGACAGCACCUUAUUAAAAGUAGUUCCACAUUCAAGGACCUGGAAAGAAACAGUCUCAAGGACAGUGGACAUGAAGAAAGUGACCAGACUGACAGCGAGCAUGAUGCGCAUCGGGGCCUGUAUUGCGACACAGCUAUCAAUGAAGUGCUAAAUACAACUCUCAAUUCCACUGGUUCUCAGGUACCUGAUCAAGAUCAGAACGAACAUUUUACCUGCAUAGAAGAAUGCCGGAUUUUAGGUCACUCAGACAGAUGUUGGAUGCCUCGGGUGGCAGUAGCAAGCCGUGCCAAAUCACCUGACCAUGGAAAAAAUGUUAUUGCGCUGUCGAUAGAAACCACCAGUGUGGACUCUGAACCCUAUGAAAAUGGCAGUUCAAAGAGAACUUUUGCAACUUUUGGCAAAGACCCCAGGGAUCGCAUCGCUGAGAAUGAUAAAACAGAUUUGAAAGGAAAGAGGACAUUUGAUCUACCCAUCUGUAGUCCCAAAGUGAAUGGUUCAGUCUCCAGCAGCCAGGAAACAAGUAAUGGUAUUGACAUUUCAAGUCCUGCUAGCACACCUGUGCAUUUGGGCAGCCCCUUGUCUAACAGGCCUGCGGUCACGUACUCUGUGAUGCACUGCCCAAUAACAUGUGAUCUCGACCGACCUGUCAAUCAGACCUCCUCACAUCUGUCAGAGCCAGGAUCCAGGGAAGCAGACUCAGAGCACGUCCAAGAGAUCAACCACCUCCUGCAUGAUUGCAGGGAAAAGGACUCACCGGGCAUUAAACGAAUACAGGACAUUGUGCUGUGAUCACUGGGCACCACCCAUAAUCCAGAUAAAUAUUAACACCUUGACAGUUUUUUUUUGCCUUCCUUCGGUUUCAAGUAUGGCUCUAUUUAAAUGCUUUUUUAAAAUCUAAGUGUACUUUUUCAUUACCUUUUAUGAUUAUUUUUUUCAUUGGCAUAGACAGAGUAGGGAAACGCUUAGCAUUUGAGCUCCCGUGCAAUUCCAAAGUCAAAUUAAUCCAAAUUGGAUCAGAUUAGAUCAAACUACAUUCAUCCAAAUGCAAUUGUUUCCGAUGCAUCGGAGAGUAUUCUGUGCAGGCCAGUAUAAGUCAUAGCAAGCUUCACAUUGUAACUGUGGUAGAUGUGGUUUGCACCUUCAGGAGCUGCGUUGAGAGGACUGUUCAACCUCAUGUUCAUUUUCAAAAAUCCAGAAAGUAAAAUGAGAAUUCAAAGUUCUCCAACUACAUUGCUUAUUCCAGUUUUGUAAGGCAAGCCAUCAUAAGCGUACAUCCCACAAAAAUAUUAUAGCUUGAGGUGUGUUAGUGGCAUUAUACUGUUUUUGUUGAGUGGAUUCUUGUUCAUAGUCUUCCUGUAUAAAGUGGGUGACGGUCAUUGUGCAACUUGUAAAAGUACAGUAGAACUGACUCAAAUACCCAAUAUCACCCCUACCACCCCUUCUUAAUCCUGACGUGUAACUCAAAGGUCUGAGACUAAAUGUUCUGUAACAGAACGCUAUUCUUUCUCAAUAGAGGGAUACCCCUCUAGGUUGCAGUAUGAGGUGUGAAACAUGUGGAAGUGACCGCACCACACAUGAAUGGUGAAUUGUGUUCCAUGUAAUCAGGUGCCCAUGUUCUAUAAAUAGCCCUUGACUCUGUUAGCCAUAAUUACGCUCACGAUACAAGGGAUAUGCUGAGAAAUAUCAGCAGUCUCACUUUAUAAAUAAGAAUUUUAUAUUGAUGUAGUAAUAAAUGUAAAAACGUUGAUUGUUUGCAUAGGUACAGAGGCAAAAUGGUACCCAUUCCAGUGAAGGAGUCUGAUAUAUUCUGUUGGUGUGGCACGUUGCUGAGCUUCUUUGUGUCUUGAAGUACGUGACAUCCUACCAUUUGCAGGGCUGAACUUAAGUUAGAAAUAAUUCUAUUGGAAUAAUUAUUAAAGUGGAUUUGAUCAUCAUGGAAAUGAUCCAUGUACUAUUUAAAUGCUUUAAAACUCUUUUAAAUAUUUAUUAAAAAUUUAAAAUCAUCCAACAAUGGCAAUAUCUUUUCAUCAAAAACAAUUCCCUUCAGUUAAGCUGGCAGGGUAUCUUAUGGCCAAAGCAUGUACAGAAUACCCUUUCAGAGGAUAUGAGUCUUCUUUUUAAAUUUGUUUUGUUUCUUUUUUGUCAUGAAUUUCCUAUUUUCUGAAUUAUCAUUUCAUUCGCACCCAGCGAAUGAGGCACAGUCCCACACAAGGCUGACCACCACUAGUUCUAUCACACUACACUUUGAAAACUUUGCUUCAGCUUGUCGAUGUUUGUAAAUCUGAAAUUACAAACAGAAAUUUGCAAUAAUUGGUUUAUUUUUUUAAACAUUUGUCCAAGUCGCAAUCUGCUAGGUCUACUGUUUUAUAAAUGUUCACUCGUUCACUGAAAUAACAACCUAAGAUGACUUUUACAGGACAAGCUUUUUGCCACGUUGGCCUGUUGAUAUUUGGGAUUAGUUAAGGAAGGAUCAAUAGGUUAUAUAAUUAAAAAGUAGGCCUUAUGAUCACAACUGGUAUAAGUUGUGCCUUCAAGCUGUAUGACUUUGUAAUACCCAGUGAUGAGUAGAUCAUUAAUGUAUGUUCUGAAGUGUAUAGUUGACAGGUCAUGAUAUUUUGGGUGGUGUGGAUAAAGGGAGGAGUUAUUAAAAAGGAAAUUGUAAAUAAAAGAAUCUAAAGGGACUAGCAGCUGCCGUCCCUCAAUUUGUGCCUGUUGUUACAAAUUUUGAUCAUUGUUAAAUCUCCAGAACAAGUCCCAAGUUUUCUAAGGAUUUGUUCUUUUGACACUGUCUGCUGUUGAAGUCUCAACUGUCAUAGUGUUAAUAUUUGUAAAUUUGAGUACAUUCAGGGUGGCCAUUCAUUGCUAAUGUGUUUAAUAAGAUGUUCUGCAAGACUGAUCCCCAUGUUUGCGAUCAGUUGUAAAUCUUUGAAAGAGCUCAAAAACCUGCAGCAAGGAUACAACAGCAAAUAAACCACAGAGACUAGAGCAGCAUAAGAGAGUCCCACUGGCUGCCUCCGUGUUUCUAGUCCCAAACUCCCAACAGAGACGAACAAUCAAAAACCUAUUUCCAGUGUGUACAAGAAGGUUUAUCAGUUUAGAGGCAGGUCACUUGGAUUCCCAGCAACCAUCAUAAGGUCAAUCAGUUGCAAUUCUUCACACAGCGCUUUGCAGAGGAGUGAACUGCUGAGCCAUUUUUGCCUUUGAGAGCAUGUCCAACUCAACCUGCCACUAACUGCAGUACUCAACUUUCAAAAAGCAACAUUUAGUAUCAUCCAGAAAGGAAUGGAGGUGGCUCAUAACGCAGGCAAAAUGGAGCAAUACAGAAACCUGGCAACAAAGAAAUCACCGAGCAUCAGUGAGCGAGUUGAGAGGGAGGAGUAGCUGUGGGAGGUCUACCUGACCUGAUGGCUUUCUGAAUGACAUAUCGUGUUGACCAAAUGCAAAAGAAUGAUCAUGGAAAACUAAGGAAGGAGCAGUUAAGUUUUGGGAAACUUCUACAGCUUGCCUACUGCUUGCAAAACUCUAAUUAAUAUAAUUCCUACAUUGUUUUGAGUAGUUUGUUUUUUAUAAGUGCAAUAUACACCAGACCCAAUGUCUGUUGAUCUUUAUCUCUGUAGUUUUUCUACCAGGUUUCUCACUAUUUCCAUCCAUUCAGUAGUCCAUUCUGUAGUAGUGCUAACUAAUUCACAACAUGCAACUCUUUUCCUUUGCUUGUUUCAAUCUGAAGGUCUUUUGAAUAAAGACAUGUAAUUUGUUAAAGAUUUGAUGAAUUGGGCUGUCUCCAUCAUUUUUAAAGAUGGCCAACAUCUUUUAAUUGGAAUAUACUAUUUUAUAUUUAAGAUUCUGGCAGGCAUAAUGUAGAUGGAGAGGGCUGAAGUGCAAAAAUGAAUGAAGUGAGAACAGUUUUCCUGGUUAACCCUUUGAGGACUACAGUAACUAUAUGUUGCAUUAGUGAUGGUGGUGGGUUCGGGGCAAUUUUUUAAGAAAACAAAUAUAGUAUUAGAUUAUUCUGCUUUUCCAGAGAAUAUUGUCCAUGAAGAAAUGUUCUUGUGUUUGUGAAGUUAUUGUAACUCACCUGUAUGAACAUAGCUAUAUUCCUCCAAAUUAAAUUCAGUGUUAUAGAUGUGGGAACAAAAGUUUGUCAGUGCUUUGCAAAAGUAUAAAAGGAAGCCCAGUUCUCAGAGGGUUACACUUGUAUCAUUCGCUAAUACCAUCCCCACUCCCCCCCAACCUCCCAGUUGUCUUGGUGGCAUUUCACAAAUUAAUAUCUGUUAGUGAUGAUUGCUUUAUGAUUGGCUAAACAGGCUAUUUCAGUAAAUAAGCUAUUGUCAGAGAUUUAAACAUGUUGAAAUUUGCUCUCACGAAACAAAAACUUAAUUAUAGAAUGGAACCACAGUCAGCUAUCGUCAGAAGCAGACAGAUGUGCUGCUAUAGUUGAAGCACAGAGAAAGAUAACAGUCUUUCAUCUAAGUUCACAGAGUUGCCAUUCAGAAGCAUCUGAUAACACCACACACACUGGUCAUUUGCCAAAAAAAAGCUCAAUGGGAGCUUACAGCACGGACUGUUUUACCAGAUUAUCUGUCAAACAUUGUGUGAAAUGAUAAGAUAAUGCUGUAUAUGCAUAUAUGUUAUGUACAUUUUCACAGUGAAUGGUUCAUUGUAAAAUAAGAACCACAUUUCUGUAUAUUUUAUGAUAAUAUAAAG